UUGAGGUGAUUUUCAGGAAGAGGAUUUUUAAAGAGUGAGAGAGAAAAUGAGUGUGGAGUUGGAGAAGGUCAUCAGGACUAUUUUUGAAGAACAUCUGUCAGAGAGUGUGAGCGUGCAGGAGGAGGAUGUGUGUUCAGGAGUCACACGUCUGUUGAACAAGCGCAGACAGAUUAAAGACGUAGACAAUGAGAUGAAGAUACAGAGACAGGAGUUUGAAAUAAAGCGAGAGAGUCUCAGACAGAGACGAGAGCAGAUGAAGAUAAAAGAAGAAAAUCUCAAAGACUCUUUACUCAAAUUUGACAAAUUUCUCAAGGAGAACGAUGCUAAGCGAGCGAGAGGUGUAAAGAAGGCAGAGUCUGAGCGAGCCGUGUUGCGAGAGAGAGAGCGAGAGCUGGAGCAGUUACACACACACAUCGCCGCCCUGCAGGUGAAAAAGGAGAAGCUGCAGGUGAGAGUCGAGCGCUUCAGAGUCUACAGUGAUUUCUUACACACUGUACUGAAGACGGCCACAAAGUUCGAGGACGUGGGGCAGCUUGUGGCUCGUUUCGAGACGCUGAUGUCGACCCGAGAGCAGCUGCUGAGACGGCAGAGUGAGAUGGAGAGACAGAGAGAGAACGACAGCUUAGAGCUGAGACGCUACAUUAGUGAACAAAACUCCAUCUUACUGCAGUACAACAACACACUGUCACAACUGCAGACUGAGCUGGACAACGUCCUGUCUCACACACUCGCACAGGAAUCAUCAUGGAAUCACAUCCAGGCUGCGGCUGUGAAAGAGACACAUCUGCUGAGUCAGAUAAAGGUGGUGACUCGUAACCUUUAUCACAUGACCGGCGGCGUCACGGGCGGAGACCAGGGUGUUAAUGUGGACGACACUGUGGAACAGUUAGAGCAGAUUCGGCUGUUAAUCGAGGAUCGGGCCGAGAUCUUCACUUAUCUCAGAUCAGACAGAAGCAGCAGCUCGUCCAGGCUGAGUGACAGAGAAACGCCUGGAUGAUGACGACGGCUCGAGUCUUCGUCUCUCUCUCUCUUUCCUCCUCCUCUCUGCGCUCUUGUUCUCUCUGUCUCUUCUCCAUGAUCUGUGAAUACUCGAGAUCCAGCUCAGAUAAGUGUUCCUG